UAGAACAAGUCAGACCUGUCACUGUAUCUUAUCGAGCAGAAAAAUGCUUAAUUUUUCUUUCACUUUUAACUUUUCUUGCAGGUAACGCGUUCACUUUUUGAUCGUUUACCUCAGGGCUUACAUUUUUACCCAGCUCCGGUUUAUUUUUAUCCCUGAAAUACAUUUUCUCAUUCAUUUUUUUUUUUAACCUGCCUUCUUGUGUCAUUAGCACUUCCUUAUACCAACCAUGGCUGGCUCGGAAGACCAGAAGUUCUCCCUGCAGGAGGUCUUAGACACUUUUAAAUUGUGUCUGUCGGAAAAUAAAGAAGUCUAUCUUGAACACUACGUCGCUGGGUGGCGUGGGCUUGUAAAGUUUCUGAACAGCUUGGGAAGCGUUUUUGGCUUCAUUUCUAAGGAUGCUGUCAGCAAGAUCCAGAUCCUGGUGAAUUAUCUGAAGGGUGAGAAUGGCUCUCACUACACCACCAUGCAGUCGAUGGUGAAAUAUGAGCUGGACAAUGAUCUCGUGGACGUGAACAAGAGAGGCAUCCACCCGGAGUCGGGCUGCCGCACUCUGCUGAGGCUCCAUCGUGCUCUGAGGUGGCUGGAGCUCUUCCUGGAUCGCCUGCGCACCAGCACUGAGGAUAGCAAAACAUCUGUCAUGUGUGCAGAGGCCUACAAUGAGUCCCUCGCCCAGCACCACCCGUGGGUGGUCCGUAAGGCCGCGGGCAUGGCGUUCUGCAUGCUUCCCGGGCGUCCAGCCUUUUUUGAAGUGAUGAAUGUUGGCCCACCCGAGCAGGUUGUGGCAAAGCUGGGGGAGGCCCUGCCCCUCAUUUCUGAGGUGUAUCAGAUCACAGAGGACCUUUAUGCUCAACAUAACCUGCUGGAGUUACCGUAGAGAGCGAGAAGUGCUAUUACGUUGCCUCGUACUUUAUAUAAUUAAAUAUUUGUAACUUCUUCCUGCUGAAAGGCUGCUGAACGACCUGCUUCUGCUGCUUGGUGAAGGAUUUGUGUCAUAACUAAGUGGAAUUUCAUUAAGACUUAUUUUAAAUUACUGUGUACAUGUUUUAAUAUAAAAUGUUAUCUGUAUACCUCCACCUUUGAAUUAUUAUUUUAAUCUAAAUUUUUCCUUCUAGAUCAGCAAUUCCCAAAGUGUGGGUCCUGAGAAACAUGUUUUCAGUUAACUGAAAUUUUUACAAGAUUUUACAUUUUUAAAUAGGAAUAUAUUUUAAAAAUUGCACCUUUUAAACUUUUAUGACUUAAUCCACUUAUCCAUCCAUUUUCUGAUGCUUAUCUGGGUCAUGGAGGCAGUAGUCUAAGCAGAAAUGCAUAACUCUCCCUUUCCCUGGCCAUCCCCUUCUGCUCUUCUGGGUGGAAGCCAAGGGGUUUCCGAACCAGCCAAGCGAUGUAAUCUCUCUGGCAUGUCCUGGGUCUGCCUCAGGGUUUCCUCGUGGUACUACAUGCCCCAAACACCUUGCCUAGGAGGCAUCCCGUUCAGAUGCCUGAACCACCAGUAAUUAAAACAUUUAAUAGGAUAAAAUUCUUUGAGUUCCAAAGCGCCAAAAUCAAACAGAUUUUUCUCUUUAAUCCUAAAGGACUUUUUGACCCAGGUUUGAAAUUUAGUUUAAAACUGCAAUUAAAUAUUUAUAUUUUAAAAAGAAAUUGAACAAACAGUAAAACCAUGGGGUUUAAAGAAUGACCUCAUUAUUAUAAUUCCUUUUCUGACCUUUUUUUUUUUUAAUUCCAAUCUCCUGAUAUCACUUUAGGAUUUUUAAAUUUCAUACUGGUCCACAGUGGUCUGAAGUUUGGGAAUAGCUGCUCUGGAUUAACUGUUUUGUUUAUUUUAAACAUAACUACGGUGGAUUCCUGAAGUCUCGUUUAAAGCUGCUGGUUUUUUUUUACAAUUUAUCCAAAGGAAAAAAAGGGCAAGUUGACAUUUUACAUUUGCACAUUAAUUUAGAGGUAGUGAAGCCACAAUAUGAUAAAUUGAUUACAGAAUAACAAAUAUUUGGCUCUCAGAUAUGAGAAUUUGCCGAAGAGAUUUAAUAUUUUCAGUAGAUUAACACAAAAAUUAUUUGUUGGCAUGGUGAUGAUACUAAUGACCAAGCAGUUAAAUGGAAACUAACAAUUAAAUAUCAGUAAUUAAAUAAAGUAAACUGUUAGGUAGUUUUUAAAUGGUCAUGCAGUAUUUAGUCCAGUGUUAAAAUGUUGCGUCUGUUGUAGAUAAUGUAAUUUUGGAUGACCUAUAUUACAAUAUAUUCUAUAAAUUGAGAAAUAUUACAAAUGCAGACAGACCAGCAAAUAAUGGCAAAACAGCAUGUUUUAAAUCAGUGAUUAAAAAAAUAUUUUUCAAUCUGUAGCAACAUUAACCUGCAAAAAGCAAAACAAAAAGAAAAACAUACUGUUAUUAAACAUCCAUAAAAGCAUAUCAAAUCAGUGCUUUACAAUACAACUGAUUUAGGGUUUGAUUGUCUUUUUGUUGUUGGUUAAAUUAGGAUUUGUCUUUUUUGUUACAUGCAAAUGUUCAUUUGUUUACAUAAAUUUAUUUAUGGAAAUAAUUGUGAAUUUAUAUGUACAAAUAUUCUGAUAAAAGGGCAUUCUUUGUUUGAAAUGAUACAUCUCCCCUGUGGUAUUAUUCAAAUGUGUAAUAAACUGUCCAAAUAAAUUUAAAGAUUGA